UUGGGGACAGUAGGAAGAUGGCGGCUGCACCGCUAUACUGUGUCUGCCGGCAGCCCUACGAUGUUAGCCGGUUUAUGAUCGAAUGUGACAUUUGUAAGGACUGGUUUCACGGCAGCUGCGUGCAAGUAGAGGAGCACCAUGCGGCGGACAUCGAUGUCUAUCACUGUCCCAACUGCGACGUCCAGCAUGGACCCUCCUUGAUGAAAAAGCGCAAUAACUGGCAUCGCCAUGACUACACGGAGGCGGAUGAUGGCACGAGGCCGGUGCAGGCGGGCACGUCCGUGUUUGUGCGGGAGCUGCAGGAGAGGACCUUUCCCAGUGCGGAUGAGAUCGUCCACCGCAUGCAGGGGCACCAGGUUACGGCCAAGUACCUGGAGAAGCAUGGCUUCAACUACCCCAUCAUGUUGCCCGACUUCGAGGGCCUGGGGCUCAAGCUGCCGCCUCCCUCCUUCUCUGUCAAAGACGUGGAGCAGUGCGUAGGGGGUGACAAGGUCAUCGAUGUGAUUGACGUAGCACGGCAGGCAGACAGCAAGAUGAAGCUGCGAGAGUUUGUCAAGUAUUACUACCAGCCAGAACGACCAAAAGUGUUGAAUGUCAUCAGCUUGGAAUUCUCUGACACAAAGAUGUCGGACCUGGUGGUGGUGCCAGACGUGGCCCAGAAGAUGUCCUGGGUGGAGAACUACUGGCCCGACGACUCCUUCUUCCCCAAGCCCUUCGUGCAGAAGUACUGCCUCAUGGGAGUCAAGGACAGCUACACUGACUUCCACAUAGACUUCGGAGGCACCUCCGUCUGGUACCAUGUCCUCUGGGGAGAGAAGAUAUUUUACUUGAUCGAGCCGACCAAGGCCAACCUUGCACUUUACGAGGCGUGGAGUUCCUCGGUCAACCAGAGCGAGGUGUUCUUCGGCGACAAGGUGGAGAAGUGCUACAAGUGUGUGGUACGGCAAGGCACCACUAUUCUCCUUCCAACAGGAUGGAUCCAUGCUGUGCUCACCUCUCAGGAUUGCAUGGCGUUUGGAGGAAACUUUCUUCACAAUUUGAAUAUUGGCAUGCAGCUCAGGUGCUAUGAGAUGGAGCGAAGACUGAAGACUCCUGACCUCUUCAAGUUCCCCUAUUUUGAGGCCAUCUGUUGGUAUGUGGCCAAGAACCUCCUGGAAACGCUGAGAGAAUCGCGAGAGGAUAACUGCGUGCCCCAGUCCUACCUGGUGGAGGGGGUGAAAGCUUUAAUUAGUGCACUGAAGACAUGGCUGAAGAGAGAGAUGUCCGCGCCCACCAGUGAGGUCCCUGACCAUAUCAGACCGCACCAUCUGGUCAAGGAGCUCACUAAGGAAAUCCGCUACCUGGAGGAGGACCCGAAUGGCAACAGCAGCGGACACAAGCCAAUGAAAUCUCAGGGAAUGGGGGGCUGUCCCCUGACUCGCUCCACGCUGGAGCGGGGGUGCCAUGCGCGGAGGAUGGCCCGGAGACUGCGGGAGCAGCAGCACCACCAUCAACACGGCGGCCCCAAGCUGCCCAACAACCUGGAAGUCCUGGAGAGGCACACGCGAGAGGUGCUGAAGCGGCUGGAGGUCGGGCCCCUGGAGCAGGAUCCCGAUUUUAGCACCAAAGUGCACGGGAAGUUCAACAAGGUGUCCAUGGCCUCCGCAGUCACGAUCGAAAAGGGUCUGGACAACAACCUGCACCUGGUGAUGUGCAAUGGCAGAAUUGUCAGAGAUCAGCGGCCUCGUUGCCUGGUGAAGACUGAGGAUGGGAGCAUGAUUUCUUGCCAACUUCAACAGGUCAAGAUGGAAAAGACUGAUUCAGAUGAAGAGCAGCCAUGCUCCACAGGAAAAGACAUGAAUUCAAGUGCUCAGCCAGAACUCAGGAGAGAAAUGUCAAGUGUCUCGGACACAGAGUCAGACAGUGAAAGCACAGAGCGAAGGGACUCGUCUUCGUCAUCGUCGUCGUCGGAUUCAGGGAGUUCGGAGGACGAGAGGGAGGAUGUGAAGGGCUCAAUGGAGGACUCAGGGGAGCAGCAGGCUAACACGAAACACAAUCACAAACACAGGCCACUCAAGAGAGAACGUCCUACCUCACCAAGCACAGAAGAAGCCAUUCAGGGCAUGCUGUCCAUGGCGGGGCUACUGUGCCCUCAGCAGCCCAGCGACGAGGACGCGCGCUCCCAGGAGCCCUGGUGGUCCCGUCUCGGUCACCAAGCGCGCCCACCCUCCGCACCCCACGAACACCACCACCAUCACCACCACCACCAGUCGGAGGAGGAGCGAGGGAUGAGAGUUGGUGGAGGCGGAGGCGGCGGCAACCAGGGCUUCAUGGACAGUCAGGGCAACAGUAGCAGCGAGGCCUGGGACCACACGGAGCUCGCUCACAGCCCUUUGCACCAAGACCAGGAUCAUCAGGAUCGUCGCGAUCGAGAGACAGAGGGGGAUCGGGGGGAGGAGGAAGAGGAGGAGGAGGAGGACGCCGACAACGGCAGCAGCCCUCGCAUCGACUUCCAGUACCGCGAGAGCUCCACGUCGCCGCCACUGCACCCCUCGAAGAGGCACGCUUCCAACCCCCCGCCCAUCAGCAAUCAGGCCACAAAAGGCAAGCGACCGAAAAAAGGAAUGGCGACCGCCAAGCAGAGACUGGGGAAGAUCCUGAAGCUCAGCCGGCACAAUCGCCUCUUUGUGUAGCCACGGAGAUGCAGGAGGAGAGAUGCUCUCACAGAAGAGAAGAGCGCCUACUGUCUCUGGGCUUUGGAAUGAUCUGCUCUUGUACUUAAUUUGAACUUUUGGUUUAAAGUAACACACACACACACACACACACACACACACACACACACACACACACACACACACACACACACACACACACACACACACACACACACACACACACACACGCCACGUCUGGAGCAUGAUGCAGCACCCAUGAACACACCACAUGCCCACGCACAUUCAUCACAUCCAGCCCCACUCGUACACACCCACACACCCACACACACACACACCCACACACACACACACCCACACACCCACACACACACACACCCACACACACUCUCACUCACUCACUGUGCAUGCUUAUGAGACAGGGUACUUUUGAUGGAAGCAAGCACACUGCUACACCUGUUCAAGACACCCAGAUGGUGGAGCUAAAGGAGAGAUGGGAAAAAAAGAAAAGAGGAUAUGUUCUCGACACUGCAGGGACUGUGGAAAAAUUACUAUGGUUGUGACUUCAAAAAAAC